AUGUCAGGCACGAUCAGAAAAGCUCAAGAUGCAGAUCUAGACGACGAUCUAGAAGUACCGAACCCGAAACGAGCGAGAGUAUCUUUCAAUCCCAAGGUCGAGGAAAAGGUAUUAGAGGAAUAUGUCCCGAAAGGUACAAGCUUAGAAAGCGUCAGAGCGGAAGUCAAACGCGCAAUAGAGGCACACGGUAAAGGUGACAGCGAGAGGUACGAUAGCAUUAAAGAAGUGUUCGCACAAAGUGAAGGUGAUGAGAGAGAUGAUACUGGCGCAAAUGAUGAGGUCAAAACAUAUCUACUAGCCCUCACUAGUUAUGCAUCACUAUUGAAUAAGGACUGCAAUGGCUUAGUUAAGGCUAUAUUGAAGUGUGACUGGAUGGGCAGAGACGAGGGUUUCGUGAAGCUGUAUGCUCAAUUCCUCGGAAACUUAGUUAGUGCACAAGGAGCUGCGAUUAUCGAGCGGGCGUCUUCCUGGCUGCCCAGAUUACGCCUUCUCGAGUAUGCUCCCGAGUUAAAGUCAGAUGUUUUCGCUCUCAUAACGGACAGGCUGGUCAAGAUUGAUGUGCAGAUGCAAGUCGACCUAGACGAUGUGGAUGAUGAGGUUGCAGGUGCUAUUGUUCAAGCUCUCGCCAUGAAUCCUAAACAGGGAGAAGAUGAUGAUGAAGACGCAGAAGAUUCAGAUGACAGCGAUGCCGAAUCGGUCAACAGUGAUGAUGCAACGGGAGAUCAGGCAAAACGAGCCAAAGAAAUUCAAGGAAGCGUUGAGAAGAUGGAUGCGAUACUGGAUCGCUUAUUUGCUAUCUACGAUCCUUAUUUCACAGAUCCAAAUAGCAUAGAAGCCGCAAAUAUGUUUGAGACUUUACUAGGACAUUUCGCGAAUAUCAUUCUACCUACAUAUAGAUCUCGACACACACAAUUCCUACUCUUCCAUUUUGCUCAAAAGUCGGAACAUCUAAUUGAUCAAUUCGCCGGAACCUGCGUGCAAUUGGCAUUUCAACCUGGCAGACCUGCCGUCCUUCGGCAAUCUUCCGCUGCUUAUCUUGCCAGUUUUGUAGCGCGAGGUGCACACGUCGAACCUCAAGUGGUUCGGACCGUUUUCGAGCUCAUCGGGAGCAAUCUGGAUCACAUCCGCACGGAAAACGAACUCAACUGUCGGGGACCUGAUCUCAAGAAAUACGGCACUUUCUAUGCCAUGACACAAGCUCUGCUUUAUAUCUUUUGUUUCCGCUGGCGAGAUCUCAUCGACUCUUCCGAGGUUUUUGACGACGAAGACCCUGCAGCAUUCAUUGGACAAGAUCUUGUUUGGACGGCAGGUAUCAAAGAGACUCUUUCCCGUGCUAUCUACUCCAAACUUAAUCCUCUUAAAAUCUGUUCCCCACCCAUCGUUUCCGAAUUCGCCAAAAUUGCACAUCAUCUACGUUUUAUGUACGUAUAUUCUUUGCUAGAGACCAACAAACGUAUUCGUUUAAGUCAAUUUUCAAGUGCAGUCGGAAAUGGUGCAUUACGGGACUCUGGAAAUGGCGCAAGCAAUGAUAGCUGGCAUCAAUUGGAUGCCUACUUUCCUUUUGACCCAUAUCAAUUACCCGUUUCAAAAAAGUGGAUUGAAAACGACUAUGUGCAAUGGCAAGGUAUUCCAGGACUCAACAAGGAUGAAAGUGAUGAUGGUAGCAGUGGGGAUGAAGACGACGAGGAAGAGGAUGAGAAUGAGAAUGCGCUUGAAGACGAUGACACGGCAACUGACGAAGAAGCGGAAGAUUGA